AUAGUGGAGUUGUGGAAUUGUGUUUGUAUGUGUUUAUGGAUUGGAUGAUGUGUGAAUGGUGGUGGUUAUUUAAUGAAAUAACUUUGUGUGGAUUACGAAAUGCCUGUAAUUGAUUGUGAAAAUGUCGUGUAAAAUACUGUAUUUAUUUUAGUGUGUUUUUGUGUGCAUAAUCUUUUAUCAGUUUCGGAUAAAAACUAUUGUUCAUUAAAGUACCAUAGAAUGCACGAUUAUUAAUGACAUGUUUCGUAUUAGACAUUCGAAAGCCAUAUUUCUGUUCUGCUGGACUAAAUUUUAUUGAGUUUGAAAUUAAAUGUACAUCAAAACUUUUCAUGUUUGAUUGGUGUUAGUGUUAUUUGAAUUAUUGGAUUUUCAAAAUGGAGUUGGGAAACAAACCAAUUUGUUGCCCUGUGUGUACACUAUACAUGCGAGAAGGUGUUACGUUGCAGAGCCAUCUCGACACACAUCCUAAAGAAAAAGUAAUUGAAGCAUUAGUUAAAUUUUCAUGUCUAAAAGAAAGUGAUGUUCAAGAAACACCAGAUUUUUUGAGAAAUGUUCAGUCUGCAUUACCAUCAGCUUCUAGAGCUGCAACUUCUCAGUGCAUUACCAGCAGUGGAGGUAAUUGUUUAUCACCUGGACGAAGCAGUGUGUCAACUAAUAUAAAUUACCAACAAUUUUUAAGCAACGAGGGAACCUGUGGUUCUACUGUUUUACCACAGCAACAUAUUCCAGUAUCCACUCUUCUGAGUGGUUCAGAAGUCAGUUGUGGCUCUUCAGCACCAUAUAACCCUUUUUUACUUCAACAGCAGCACAUUCAGAUAAUAACUGCCAAAACAUCUAGUGGAACACAACCUAUUGUGCAUCAUCGUGUGCCAGCAGCAUAUUCAAAGCAGUUCCCACAUGUAACAACUUCAGUGUCUAGUCCUGUUGCCUUUCAAGCUACUUCAUUUACGCAUUCUCCCUCUCCUACACCAACACCUUUCACAAGCCAGGCUAGGUUCCCACCAUCAGUAAAUCCCAUUGGUCGGACUUCAAGUCCACCCAUCAAAGUAUAUUCAGAUGCUGUAACAAGCUUCGCAGAAGUUUUCCCAGAUUCAUUCUCUCAGUCGACCUUGUUAUCUGCCCAUAAAACUCACAAGCAACUUAAAACAAUGCAAGAUAACUCAAAUAUCAAUUUAAAUACUCAAACAGUGAAUAAAAAUUCUUGUAGAAACACCCUGUCUAAAAAUAACAGUAUAGAAGUUAAUGAAAAAGUACAUAUGUCUGUUUGCAGUAAGAAUUCCAAAGGAAUAAACUGUGGCACAGAAAUUAUUGAAAGAUCACAAAUUUCAAAUGACGUUCGGAAUUCUAUAUCAAGAAAUAACAGCACUGAUAGUAAUGAAAGGAUUCAAAUUUCAGAACAUGUUUUUGGUGAACAUUUACUGAUGUCUUUGGCUAAUGAUAAGGUACGUGAUGCUUCAGGUAAAGAAAUUGCAGUGGAAAUUUUGGAGUUCACUGAUAAGCCGGAACAUGUCCUUACUAGUUGUGAUGGGAUUCUGGACAAGAUUAAAUUAUGUGGUGUAGGAAACAAAUUACCCAGGCUUGGAGUGUCAGAUGUGAACAUUCAGGACCAGCCUGAAGUACCAGCAACCAAAGAAACAGUUCAUCAGGCUAGUACAGAAGCAAAUCAAGACAUUGUACUUGAUUGUUCAUAUAGAGGUACGCACGAAGAUUGUUUAGAAAACAGUGAGCUAGUUCAUUCUGACUGUGAUACAUUAAAUGUGUUUCAACCAUCAAGUCCAGAAAGCCUGUUGAGAGUUAGGAAUGAUCUGAGCUGUUCUGUCAAAAGUUUUCCAAGUGCUUCAUGUAGCAGUUCAUUUCAGUUACAAGGCAUUGAAGAGGAACGUCAGCAUCAAGAGGAACAUUUGGAGGAUCCGGAACUCAUGAUGGUUGCGAGUUCUCCUGGAUGUAUCAUACAGGUUUUCUCAACGCAAGAUGAGUACAUCACAUCGGAUAACAUCAACGGAGGUAAGGAAAGGUUCUUGCAACUGGGAAAAAUGUCGUCGGAAGCAAAAGAUGGUUUCGCAAAGUUGACGUCAGAUUGCAACGUGGCGAGUGAGAGCACUUCUGGAAACGUAAAUGUGAUCACGUUUGACUGUGUGGGCGUCCCGGCGGACGUGGGGGGCUCGCCCGGGCGGGCGGGCUACCACACGGACAGCAGCAGCAGCGACUCGCACGUCAUCACGGAGCUGACGGCCGUCCCGCCCGAGGACCUGCGAGCGGAGCCGGACGUGACCACGAUGGACAUCCAGACGGACGAGAUGAUGCCCCCCAAGGGGGAGCUCUCCGAGCAAGAGAGUGUCGGUGGGAACGACAGCUCUCUCUGGGCCCCAGUCACAAGAGUGGGUGAUGAUGUGUGUGCUUCGUAUGACCUUCUGGCGAGGGAGAGCUGGGAGGCAUCUGAUGGUUCAGACGGUGAAGGAAAUGAAAUUUUCUCACCCAGCAUAUCCGAGAAAUUGCACAUAGAGAGAACUGGCAGCGAAGCGAAGGUCAGCAAGAGCUCGUCUUCCCGGGCAGCUAGGAAACCAAAAGCGCCAGAGGUUGCCAAAACGUAUUUGUGCAUAACGUGCGACAAGAUAUUCAACUGCCCCAAGGAGCGACGGGUCCACCAGCGGCUGACUCACCACGGUGAGGGCGGUAGCAGGGUCAGGACCGUUCCAAAAAGAACGUGCAGCAAGAAGUGGGAAGGCGAGACAAAAUCCAAGACCGUCAAAAGUGAGAAAAAAGAUGUUGAAAACAAAAUCCUUUCGGAGGAUUCUGACUUUACGAAAUUCGAGGAGGUUUUUAUUGUUAAGACUGAGGCGAGAGACGAGAGGGACGAAGAGGAAGCUGGUGAAGUCCAUAGAGCAAACUCUUGCAAGUCCGAAACUCAACCGGCAAUAAAGAGUAGUGAAGGGAAAAGUUGUGUUGAUUCAAAGGGCAUACUUAUAAAAGAAUCACAUCAAUGCUCAUUGUGUGAGAAAAUGUUUGCCACAUUGAAGCUGUUACGAACUCAUACCCGGAACUCACAUUUCACUGAUAAAAUGAUAAAACUUACUUGUAGGAUUUGUAGCAAAAGAUUUGUGAACGAAACUUUGAUGCAAGCUCAUUUUAAAAUUCACCCUUUAGAAUGUACACAGUGCGGAAAAUAUUUUUAUAGGCGACAAAAUUUUAAACUGCACCUUAAGCGCCAUCUAAAAAUUAGACCAUAUCGGUGCGAUAUCUGUGAUAAGUCGUUUGUUACCAGGCAGAAGCUAGGAGAACACACAAACAUUCAUACGGGAAAUAGUCCGUUCAAGUGUUCCCUUUGUGAUGAAACAUUUAGACGAUACAGCAAUUUGAUCGGGCAUAGAAACAGGUGUCACCUUAAAAUUAAAAGGAAAGUCAAAGAUUACGUAUGUCAUUGUGGUGAAAUUUUUCACACCAAGAAAAAAUUAGAGUGGCACAAAGAAACUCACGACACGAAACCCAAGUCAUGCUUGUGUUGCAGCGAAAAGUACGUGCACGAGACGAGUCUGACCAGGCACAUCCGCAAGGCUCACGACGGUUCGUACAUGUCGAAGCGCAGCCCCGACGGCAAGCAGGAGCCGUGCAGCGUCUGCAACGGCAUGCUGCUCAAGUCGUCCCUCCCCACGCACAUGCGCAUCCACACGGGCCUGAAGCCCUACGCCUGCCCCGUGUGCAGCAAGCAGUUCACCACCAAGUGGAACCUGAGCCUCCACCGGUGGACGCACGCCUCGCGCAGCUCCAAGCCCUUCAAGUGCUCCCUGUGCAAGAGCGCGUUCUUCCGCCAGAACGACUACAAGUCGCACAUGCACGCGCACCGCAACGUGCGGCCGUACACGUGCAACCACUGCGGCUGCCAGUUCAUCCGCAAGUACAACUGCCAGCGCCACGUGCGCGAGCACGAGCGCAACAAGGCCUUCUCGUGCACCCUGUGCGGCAAGCUGUUCCACCGCAAGUACUACCUCACGGAACACAUGCGCGUGCACAGCGGGACGCGGCCCUUCGCGUGCCACAUAUGUGGCAAGGCCUCCAGCACCAAGUCCAACCACAACAAGCACGUGAGGAUACACCAUGCCCGCGAGCCCGUCAACACCGAGGGCUAGGUCGCCGCCCGACCUGUACUCCUUCCUGGCUGUUGUUUCCGAGUCCGCCCACUUGGUCUGGCUGUUGUGCCGAGGGGCCCGGCCGAGGAGGGACUGUCCCGACGAAAGGUAAUGGCAAGCCACCGUGGAAUUACGCUGCCUCGGCAAGCAUAGGGACGUCACGGCUGUCACCACUGUUGCGUUGCCUGUGACCACGGCACCCGGUAACGUGUAAAACUACUCAUUAUCAUUGUUUCUGUAAGUGAGCUGCUUGCAUGUCCAGAGAUUAAGAGGAUGGAAUUACGUACCACACAAAAGACAACCUGAGAAAAAGGGAAGUAUUUUGAUGUUCUUUCAUUGUUAAAUCUUUUUUGUUUCAGUUUUUAAUGUGUUAUAUCGUAUCGCACUAUACGACAAUUUGGUGUAUUGUUCAGUAUGCCUCACUGGUUGUGCCAAGAGGUACUGGUUUUGAUUCUCAGCUGGGUUUGAAAUUUUUUAUCACUUUCAGAAAUUUACUUCCCGGGUUCAGGACUGGUAUAUUUCUGUCACCCCCAUACCAUAGAAAGUAAUAUAUUUAUGUCACCUCCAUACCACAGAAAGUAAUAGAAAGCUGUUGUACCACUUUUUUUUUAUUUGCUGUAUGCUGUGCAAGUUUUUUUUGUGAAAGAUCUUGAGUGUUCUGUUAAAUAUUUCCAUACAACACUGAAGCAUGCCAUAAUUCAUUCUUCAUGGCAUGUACUGUCCAUAUAUAUAUUUUUUUGUUUUUGUACUGUUGGGUAUCAUGUAAAUAUAGCUUAUCUCUAAUUUGAAACACUGAAGAGAAAAUAUAAUGAAACUGAAUGUAAGCAGACUUUUGACUGUAUAACAUGUGCUUUAUAUGCGAAAAGCACAUGCGUGACUGCUGAGUUCUUGAUCAGGUGUUAAGUUUCGGAUUUCAAUUGGAACUGCACUUGUAGGUAACCCAGAUAAUUGCAGGGUCACUACACAAAUCUGUAAUACAAUUUCCCUGGCUGUAAUUUCAAAUUUCCUUUGAUUAAUAUUUAAAAAUAAUUUAUCAGUUAGAAAUUUUCUUAUAGAAAUAAAUAAAAUCCAGCCUGCACCGUCCCACAUAAGCAGCCUAUUUUUCUCUCUAUGUAUUUUCUUUAUUUCAAACAAAAUGUUGCCUAUGCCAUUUUAUAGCAUGUAUGACUAUGCACUAAAACACAAUCUAAAAAUCAAAAAUUGCUUCCACAUUCUGGGUAGUAGCAGACUGGAGCAUGUUUUACCCUCAAAUUACCAUCACUGGGGAAUUUUCAUGAUUUCAAAUAAAUUUCCUUACUUUCCAUAAUGUGGAUAUCCUGCAUUGUUAAAAUGUUUUGUCAUAUAAUACUUUGUGAUGAAGCAAUCUAUUUAGGUGGUUUUAAUAUUACUGUUAUUUUUGCUUCCCCAAUGAGAUUUUGAUAAGUUCAUUCAGGAAAAGUCAGAAAAUCUGAUGGUAAAUUUUUAGUGGGAUCUCUGAGUGCUGUUAUAGUAGUGGAAGAAUAAUUUUGUAAGCAAACCUGCAACCAACUUCUCAUUGUGUGGCAAAUGACUGAAAUUAUUCCUUUUGAAGAGACACUUUUUGGGUCUUCGUACCAUGAAAAAUGGCGUCCUCCAUUGUUGCAUAGCUAGCCAACCUCCACAUUGAGAUAAUUUAUUCAAGAUCACAAGUGCUACAUUUUGUUUCAGAAAGACAUAUUGUAUCAAAAGCUUGAUAUGAUUGUAGUGGAUAAACAUUUGCAUGAUUUUUUCACUAUUGGAAAAUUUGAGAAAAACAUGAACUGCAAGAUAGCAAUCAUGAUAAAUUUACAGGAAAAGCCCUCAAAUAAUAGUAAUGACAAUAAAAGGAGAUAACCAAUAUGGUAUGUGAGACCAAGCCUUAACAUUUUAAAUAAAGUUUCCCCUCGUUUAAGGUUGAAGCCUCCCAAUAGUUCAAGUCAUGGUCAACAAAUAUAAUCUGUGCUCAAAAUCUGGUAAGCAAUACUUUAGGUUUGAUGAACUAUUUAAGGGAACAAAUGUACCAAAAUUUUACUAAAACAGUAAAAAAAAAUAUGAUUCUUAAACUAGAGUUCAUGUUAAAUUCAUCCAUGGAUAAAUUUGUAUUUAAAGAAACUGAGGACCAAGAGAGCUUCUUGGAUUUGAGCAAAUACAGUAAUAUUUUUUGUUAGGCACCAUACAAUUUUUACAAUUGUUUACAAGUAAAAUUGUACCUUUUAUAGUACAUGCUUGAUCACAGAUUGUUUUAAUCUGUCCUUAAUUUUACAAAAUAGAUUUAAUGUAGUUAUAUAGUAGUAAACAACUACAAAUACACUUUUCUUGUUCUACAGCCAUUUUCACAAAGUCUUAAGGAAAAAUUUUACACUUUUUAUUCACUGCAUCAUAAUUCAGCAUUAUUAUUUUAUUUACUUAUUCCCCUUUAUAGCGAUUGACAGUUAUUAAUAUUUUUUUUUACCAAGAUCCUAAAUUUAAGAAAUGACAAUUGGUACCUUAUUUUAUAACUGUGUUCAACUUGGAAAUAAAAAAAAAUAUAUUCAACUAUUUGGCUACCAUGACUUUUGACAACACAUGUUUUUUGAAAUGUUGCUAUAGAUCAGUUUUAGUAGCCACCAAUGAUAUUGUGUAUAUUUUAUUGACACUGCUUGGCAGAUCAUGUGUGUCACAAAACUUAUAUAAAUAUAUUCACAGUGUAAUGGUAGUGAUGUUAAUUUUACAGCAGUACACAAGUCAGCAAAUCAAAUUUUUUAUGAAGUCCCAUAAUUAUACUCUGCUGUGUAGAAUUUUACUGUCAAAUCUUGUUAAAUCAUAUUCCUGGUGACAGUGGUGAAUAUGAGAAAAUGUUUAAUCAGUAUUUUUUUUAAUAUUGGCGAACAUAUAGCAUGUUAUGUUUAUUAAGUUCUUAAAAUGUUCCAGGAGUUUAUAGAAGUUUCCAAAACAUUUCCAGAAGAAAUAGGUACUUCAAAAUCUACCUACACAUCUAGGCUGUGCCGAAAGGGAUUUUUUAACAAAGUAAUCAAUGAAAAUGGCAAUGAAAGUGGUUACAUCAUGACAAAAGUUAUUUUUCUUUAUAUGCAUCUUGAUUACAUGUCAGAGCUUUAUUGUAAACAUUGGAAUUUCAAAGUGAGCUGCUUAAAGCAUUUAAAUUUUCUGCUAAAAUUUUUAAAUAAUAUUUGGAAAUGCAAUUAAUUAUAAAUUAAGGGAAGUCAAGAGAUAGUCAUAUUAGAAUAUGGCUAAAUUUUUGAAAUAAUAAUCUAACAAUGCUGCCCUUUAUUCUCGUAAGGCUCUUUCACACACUAUGCUGAUUAUCCCAUUUUAUUGUCAUUAAUAUUAAUUAAGGGGUGUUCCUGUAAAUAUAUCACAAUAGUUGUUUUUAAAUCAACUAUGUUACAACAUUUGUUGUUAAAUCAUAAAUUUUGUCACCAGACAUUUACUGAAUGGUAUUCUUGAACGGUUAAAUGUGACACUAUUGUGUGACUUUUUACUGCUAUGAUACACUUAGAUAAUUAUUAGGUGUCAAAAGAUGUAAUGGAACAUAAAAUAAAAUAAAAUAAAAUAAAAUAAAGCUACAGUGAUAAAUUAACAAUAAAAGCCCUUAAAUGAUAUAAAUGGCAAGAAAACAAAAUAACUAAUGUGACCACUAGAAUGUGUCUCAAGAAACCAAGCAGUACAGUCUAAGCACUCUUAAAUUCUUCAUAAUUAAUGAAACUCAAAAUAAAAGUUUCUAUGUUUUAGUGUUUAUUUCAAUACAUCAGAUUUAAUCAACAUUAAUUAUAUCUUAUAACAUAACAUUUGCAAGGUUUUUUUGUUGUGCUGAAAACUUUUCCACAUGUCACUUUAACAGUAUUUUUGGCCUCAAAUUUUAACCGGGAUUUAUUGUAUUAAAUUAUCAGUUCUCAAUUACAAAUAAAUCCAGUACUAAAUUGUGUUUGGAAAAUGUGCGUGUAGCUUUCUGCUGUGUUUGUGUUGGUUUGCUUAUAACCUGGGAACUUUUGCGGUCAUCUCAAAAAACAUUCAGUUCACUACCUGGCGUGAGAUAGCACUGUAAGAUGUUUGAUAUACUUGUUUUUAAGAUAAUUUACUAAGCGUAUUCACAAUCCUUUUCCUACGAAAAGAAAAACAAUAUUCACGUUACAUGUGAGUGGCAAGCAACCCAGUCAAGCCUCUUAGCAGACAAAAGUGACUCGAUUGUGCACAGAAGUGAAGAGUCAAUUCUACGAACUUUCCCAGUUCACAAGUAGAGGAAUAAUUUAUCUUAGAGGACAUUAGUAACAAUUUUUUGUAAAGCACUCAGCUUUCCUGUCCCUGAUAAAAUCGUUUUCAGUCUAAUUAUGCAGAAAACUACACAUUUAAUCAAACAAUUACUUUCACAAUUUGGCAAUAUUUGCAGGAUGCUGUAUUUUUAGUAAGUGAAAUAAUAAUUAAAUUUUGUGCACCUUAGUCAAAAGUAAUAUUGAAUUUCAAGUAUGUGAUAUAAUCACAUAGCUUGUUAUUACAAUAAAUUUGUUCUGCAUGAAGCAUUAUUAUCAUCAUCAUCAUCAUCAUCAUCAUCAUCAUCAUCAUCAUCAUCAUCAUCAUCAUAUUAUAUUCCAUACUUUGCUCCUAUACAGUAAUUUGUUAACAUUCUUGUGCCAGAUUUCAUUUCAUGACAGUUUUUGAAGAUACAUUUAUUAAUUGGAUUAUUGUUUGAGGCAACUUUAUCUGUCUCGUAACAGGUGUUUUAGUGGAAAAUGGGACAAGAUAGAAAGUUAUUUCCUCAGAAUAUUUAUUGCUUUGACCCAACCCUGAGAAUUUUGUUUAAAAUUUCGUAGAAUUAUUUAGAAGGUGUACGUAUUCCAUGUAUGUGAUAUAAAAACUGCAAAUUUUUAAGUUAAACAAGCAUGUGUGUAAUAGAAUAUGAAUUAACUUAUAUUUUUUUUUCUUAGUGAUUACUGACUAGACAAGAUUCAAUGGUUUUUACUUUAGCACAAUUUAGUUUUUGAAAUGUAAGAUUUUGGUCUUACUGGUUUAUUAUUUAACAGUGAACUUAAAAUAUCACUUAAUACUUUUUUCUAACAAACCACAUUUUACUUGGAACAGAAAAUAGAUCAGCAAAUAUUUUUUUCCAAUUGCAUAUCAGAAAAGAAAGCUUGAGGUAAGAAGUGCAUCGUCAAUUGGGGAACAUAAUUUAAUUUUACAAUGUACUCUGUCUGAAUAUUUUGUUAUUACCUACAUACUAAAAUAAUAAGGGUCAUUAAAUUUUGAUGAAUUAAUUAAGAAACAUUUUAGUGAUAUAAAAACAGUUUUUUAAAACUGUUUUAUUUCAGGAAUUGAUAAAUAUUUUGGUGUCAAAUGAUGUAUUAACUGGUAUUUAUGUGAUAAUUGACACGUGUGUGUUAUUUCCAUUUUAAUCACAGUUUACCAUACAUUUUUGUUCCUAGUUAUGUGAGAGGUAAUUUGAUUUUAUGGCCUUUAUAUGAUGACAUAAUGUUUCCAUAUAAAUUAGUAUGCGAGUUAAUAGCAAAACUUAAUUUAUGGUACAGGGCCUUCAAUGCUCAAGUCCAAAUCUCACUUGCCUGGUUUGUUAAUUGAUAAUCAAGUAAGUCAUUGAAUUUGGUGUGUUAGAAACUAUUAAAUUAUAAAAAGAAAUCUUGUAAUAGAACUUGUGGGAUGGCAGUACUCAAUGUUAUACACCUAACUCACAAAUCAGUGCAAGGAAAUGCUUCUUUGCUGCCAUGUUAAGGUCACAAGGCAUGCAUGCUGAUGCACAAAGUCAUCUAACAUUUCAAAAAAAGACAUGUUUGUACUAAAUGAUUAAGGCUUUAGCUGUUCUUAUAAGUGUGUAAUGUUAAAAUUUUUUAAAAAUAUUUGAAUCUAAUUUACACACAUUGCUUCACAAUACAUAUUGCAUUUGUAUUGUUACGAGAGCUUACCAGAGUUUUAGGUUAUUAGUUAAAUAAAGCGAUAUUGCGUAGAAAUAAAUUUACUGAACUUAAUUUGUUGCAAAGAACUCUACAAGACAAUUAAGUAAAAAAAAAAUUGCAUUAUUAUUAUUAAUGGGUUUUAUUAAUGAAACUCUAAAUGUGGGUGAUAAACCUGUCAUAUCAUCAGAUAACAGAAUUUCUGUAUGUAAUACCAAUGUUCAGAGUCAGAAAAUGUUCAAUGCUGCGGUGGUCAGAAAUGCCCAGCUGGUGCCCUGGCCGGGUCAGGGAUUCAUCAGCCGUGGGAAACAUUCUUGCUGGGUUCAGGACUUCGCGUAGCGUCAUCCCUCUCCACCAUACUGCGGAACACAAUAGCAACCACCGCGGAACCACCUUGGUUAGUGCCUCGUCCUCGUAGUCUUGCUGGGGCCAGUCUGCAACUAUUUGUGCACCUACCACCUGCCAAUGCAGUCCCUCACUUGGAUCAGAGAUGUAUUGCUACAAUUUCAGGAAGGAACACACUUCAGUAAUACUGCCUUCGAAAUUAACUCUACGUUGAUGCCCACUGGAGUUGCAUGCACACGCACAAUCAUCAACGUUCCUUUAAUUAUUUUGCAGCUAAUCAUGCUCUAUUAAAUCACUCUUCUUCUUCUUCUUUUUUUAAAGCCAAUAAGAUAUUGAAAUACAAAACUUUAGUAAUCAUUGGCUGUUGAAAAAUCGAUUAUAUGCAUUGUAGGUGAUUAGGCAGUGAACUAAUCAUGGUAGUUUGAUGUUUUACCAUUUUACUGAAAGUGCAGUGUCAAAUUGAUGAUCAGUGAAAUGUUACUUUUAUACUUAUUUGAAUAAGAAUCGACAUAACGCUUUUUUAUGUUACUAAUCGCAGAACAUACGCAACAUUGCAUAUAAAAUUUGCAUUAGACAACAUCUGGAAGGUGCAAUUUGAACACUUUUUUUUCCCGUACUCCUUUUCUACAAAGCUGGAGGAUUUUGCAUUUCUCAUACUUAGGUUUGUGUUAAUAUUUUUAAUGUGUGAAUUGCACAGGAAACAUAUGUGUACAAAGGACUGUAAAAUUAUUACUGAUAUUUACCAUUUGCAAAGGCAUUUUGUCUAUUCUUAAUCCUGCGACGUGGUGCACGGAAUAUAAUUACAUCUCAAUGUACAUAUUUUUACUUUUUAAGGUUUAGUAAUUUUUUUUUACGUGGAAUACAUCAUACAUUGUUAAUAACUAUCAAUAUCCUUCCGUGCAUAGCUGGGAUUCUUCAGAAAUGACGUGUAUGAAUUGUGUUAUUACAUAUUAAUAGUGGCGUAUCCUUUUAAGCACAAUUUCAAAUUUUUAGACCAUCAAUCAUUGACAGUAAUGAUUAAUAUUUAUUUAUUAAUUUAAGUAUAUAAAUAUGUAAAUAUUUAAUAAGAUUCGGUUUUCUCAAAGUUGUAUUUGUGGUUUAUCUUUAAUUUUAUCUGAUUGUGGUAUUGUAAAAAUUUUUUUUUCUUGUGACUUUGUGUUACUACGAUUAAUUUCGUAUUGUUGUCAUGUUAAUAUUUGUGAUUUAAUUUUAUAUUGUGAUGUUAUUUUAUGAGGUCUAUGUAUUAUCCUCGUUACAUAGUAAAUUUAUGAUACACAAGUUGUUAUGGAGUUGAUGUCAAGUUUUAAAAUUAAAAGUGCAAAAUAAAAUUUUAAUUUGUAAGUUUCCAGUGUCACUCAUAAAAAUAGAUCAAAUCCUGUUCUUGAACUAGUCCUUUUUGUUCAUGUAUAUCUAAUGAAGUGAUUUUUUUUGUAUUGUAACAAGAGUGCAAAGCAUUGUAAUAAAAAUUAUUAUCCAACAAAAUUCAAAUAUGGUUUUAAGCAUUAGUUAAAUCUUACUGUACUUGUAUAUAGUUUUUAUUUUCAUCUAACAACCACAGAAGUGUCUACACUCGAUGGUAUUGGACACGUCACAUAUCAACUUGUUGCAACAUCAAACAUUAUAUAAUAAUCUGGAUAUUAUAAUUACCAUAUCCUAUCCGAUUAUAGAAAUUGCGCAGGACUGAAGGAUGUUUAUGAACACAAAUAAAAUGAUUUUUACAAGAACUCCAACAAAGCACCUCUUUCCACAAUUAAAAUUUACAAAAUGAGUGCAAAAGAGCUACAUCACCAAUGGAUCAGUACAACAUGCAUUGGCACCCACCCAGUGCACGUGUAUAUAAUAUUUACUUUAACAAAAAUGUGCAAUGCAGAACUAACUUAAGCAUAUUCAGUAGUAUCUACCCUCCUUUUUUGUUCUAUGUUCCAGAGACUAAUAUUUUAGAGAGGAUUAAUUCAAAAAGUACUUUUUAAUAGCAUGUUUAUAUUUGCAAAAAAAAAAGAAAGAAAGAAACCAAUACUGUGUUCUAAAGUAUUGUACUUACAAUGGUUUCCUAUUUCAGACUGAGUAGUGGUGUGUGCCUAUGCUUGUGUUGAUCUCAGUUUAGUAAAUUGUGAGGGUCAUGGCUUUACCGUAAAAAAAUAAUAAUAAAAUUCUGAAUGUGUUUAACCCUACAGACGUUCCUCUGUUUACGCUGAAAACAGCAUUUCAAAAUUCCUGCUGGUUUCUGAAAUUACGGUUUAUAGAUUACAUUAGGUAGCUUGUGCAGAGUAAUGUAUGUAGUAUUCAAAAAUAUAACUUGGAGAGAUAUAUACACAAGCUACCUAAUGUAAUCUAUAAACCGUAAUUUCAGAAACCAGCAGGAAUUUUGAAAUGCUGUUUUCAGCGUAAACAGAGGAACGUCUGUAGGGUUAAACACAUUCAGAAUUUUAUUAUUAUUUUUUGUAAAGCCACGGCCGUUUAAUUUACCCUCAAUUCAUUACAGUGAAGAUAUAACUAUGGACUUGAAUUUGUUUUGAUGUCUAUGGCAAAAGAAUAAAUGUCCUGUAGGAGAUAUUCAUUUGUACAAGGUUGAGUUUUUUUUUGUCUAACUAGAUAAUUGCCUGUCUCUUGUCAUCAUACAAAUGCUCUUUUUUGUAAAUUCAGUAUAGUUACUGUUUUCUUUAGCAUUUCCCCAAGCGUUGAUAUAAGCCAUAGCUUUGAAUAUAUAUACUGUAUAGAAGUCGCCAGCCCAGGUUAAAAUUUCUAAUACGGUUUUGAGGUAGUUGGUUAAUUCACCGCUGCAAUCGCCACCAUCUCUAGGGCAUCGACUUGUGGUGGUCCCUAGCGGACAAGUGUCGAACUCUUCAAACACCCCUUCCCCCUCCCGUUGAACGACGUUGAGCUGCAAUGAAUGAUGGAUGAGGGGUGCGGGGUAUGACAGCAGGCGACAGCGCUGCGCUCUAACGUGUAAAUAACAACUAAGACGAUACAGGGCGUUACGGCAGCGCACUGCAGCGGUGAAGUUCCCAAGCUGCUCAUCAUACGCUUCUGAAAAACGUAGAGUAAAUCCUAUCCACUCGCGACUUCUAUACAGUAUAUAUAUUCAAAGGCCAUAGUCAAGUAUUUGAAGAGUUAUGAUGCCACUUGACUUACCAAAAGCAUUUCAUAGAGGGAUCAGUGUUUGGACUUCUGUAAAUAAUUUAUUAUGUGGAGGGAUACUCUAACUUUUUAUUUAGUAUCUACAAACGUCAAUUAUUUAAAUAAAAUUAAAAAUUUUCUCACAUGUAGGUACUCUUCCUUCUUAAUUUUACAACAAUUUUGUAGCAAGUAACAUUCAUGAACAUAAGCCUUAAAUGUUUCAAAAACAUUUUUACAUAAGUAUGUAUAAUUAUUUUGUUUGAAGUAACAGAUAAUGCAAAUAAAUAAUUUUUUUUCCCCCAAAAUUUUACAUUUAAAAAAAAUAUAUAUUUGAGUGUCCCAGAAAAUAUUGCGCUUCACAUAUCCACGGUUCCUUGCAGCAUUGUUAACAAUUAACAUUUUACUACAGUAGGUAUAUAAACAAAUAACAGAGAAAGGGCGAACAUGUGCUGAUGUGAACAUAUGUAGCAAUAUGAAAUACAAAAUAUAAUGGAUAUUACAUAAUUAUUAAAAAUUCUUAAAAUAAACAUAAGUUAGUAUUUGUCUUACAGAAUUAGACCAAGAUCUCAUUAAGUAUCUGUUUUAAUUAUAUUUACAUAAAAUACAAUUUACUUAGAGAGUGCAUGUGCAUUCAAUGGCACCUUCUUAAGGGAGGUUUGUCCCAACCAUUGUAGAUAGAUUAUUUGCCAUAGCUCAUAUAGUUAAAUAUUCACGGAAAUUAUUGGCAUGACAAGGAAUAAAUAACAACUCUCCAAGCUUUCUUGUGUUAUUGCCCGGUGUUCAUUAACUGGCUGUAGCAUGCAACUUCAGGGAGAAAGUAACUGGUUAUUUCUGCAAGAAACCACAAAUGACUAAGUGUGGGCCAAACAUGCAAGAUAACACAGGGUGAGAGGCAAGCAGAACUAAAGGGUAAGAAGGGCGAGGGAGUACGUAUCAACGAAGUGAGAUUGCAUUUUUCUUCUAGGUGACCAUGUGCUACGUAGAUACAAGUACCAGUAUUAUUAGAAUGAUGGAUUAUAUUUUAGAACAGUUGAUAUGUAACCGGGCUGUCCCGAAUGGGUACUAUUUGUCUAUUAGGCUCCCAGCUCACAAGAUAUUUUGCCCGCACCAUAGUUUCCCUGGGCUAUGAAUGUUGACCUCGACAAAUGUUGAAAAAAAGAUCCUGUGCGUUAUCAAGCUAUAAAAUUCAAUUUAUUAAUUGGCAUUGCAAGCUGCACAGGUAAUAUCUUGUGGUUGAGGGAGGGGGGAAUGGAAAGUGCUGUUUUACCAUAUUCAAAAGUUAUGUUUUUUUUUUUUGUUUACAUUAGACAGUAUUGAGUUAAAUAUUACGACCAAAAAUUAUAUGAGAAAAUGUUUGGUCGCUAGCAUCAGGUUGGCUUAACUUUGGUUAGCAAAUGCUCCAUCUGGACUCUUCCUAUCUUUUUUACUAAUAUAAUAAUUUGUAAAUUCCAAAAGGGGAUGAAUCUGCUGCUACAGUACAAAAAGCAAACUUCAAUAUCCUGUUCAGUACCCUCCAGACAUUUCCUGCUGCAUAUUCACUAAAUUAUUUAAGCUGUAAAGUGCAAUAAAAACUGCCAACAUUUUCUAGUUUAUAAGUCUUUGAAAGAACUAAUCACACAAUUAACUGAACAAGGGUUUUAUCUUGGACAGGAAAAUUACCUUUUUUUUUUAGAUACUUGUAAAUAUUUAGUUACUACUUGUAGAAAAAAAAUAAUUUUUUUUUAGUUCAUUUUGUUAAUCCUUGUAGAAUCUCAUCAGCAUUUAUAGACUAGUUGUGGCAGUUAUAAUCUCAAAGCCUCAAUAACUGUGAGCUAAUUUAUCCUUUAAUCAUCCAAUAAUUUACUCCUUGAGAACAAAUUCACUCAAGUCAUCAACACCUGUUAACCAUUCUUCACUGCUCCAGUGAGUGAAGUUGAAGAAUUGUCUACAUUUAUCAGGGGUGUAUGCACGGGGAGAAGAAAAAGGGUUGGGGGGGGGGGGGAUAAAUACCCCACCUAUUUAAUUCCUAAGAAAUCCUUAAAAAAAGCUAUCAUUGCCACCAACAAAAGGAAAUAAUUUGAAUGAAAAACAACAGGCAAAUAGGUUUUUAUCCCCCCCCCCUUGAAAUGAAAUUCUGCCCACACUCCUGUUUCUUAAUUCUUAGUACCCAAUGCUGUGUUUUAAUUGAUUGUCUCUCAUAAGCAGUUGAAGUACAAAACCACUUAAAAAUUAUUAAUAGUUUCAAUUAAUUUAAAUAAAAAUAAUAAAAGCAAAUAAAAUCAUUAUAAAACAAAUACUGUACUUCAAGAAUAAAAAUAUUACCUAUUUUGAGUUUAUUUGCUCUGUAAUAUUGAAACAUAUUGAGCUACAGUAGUGACAACAUGCUCAAACAUUCACAAUUUCCAUUGAAAAUAACUCAUUAACCAUCCCUUUGUAACCGAGUCUUAAAAAUAUGGGUUUUACCCAAAGUUCCACAAUUAGCAUUCAACAACUCUACGAACUAGUCCUAUUACCCCUUACGCUAUUUAGACCAAGUUUUUAUGUGGCAUCCCAUAUCAAAUCAACCAAUAAAAUAAUUUUUUUAAAUUUUGAAGUUUUCAAAAUGUAUCAUAUUUGGUGAUU